CUGACCGAAGUUUAUUUGACGAUUUGACAGCUUCGCAUAAUUUUUCGAAAGAAAAUUUUCGAUUCGAUCUCAUUACUUUUGUUUGCUGUAAUCAUAAUACUUGACAAAAUCCAUUGAAAAUAUUGUUAUUGUUAACACCGUAGUGUUAUAUGUAACUGUGAUGUGCUGUGAAAUGUUGUUCACUAUAAAUAGAUCGAGGUGCAUAGUUCGCGAUUUUGUCUGAUUUACUUGGGGUAUCAGACAUAUUGUAGGAUAUUUAUUAAACAUGGGUAGGAGAGAGGAAGCUGCCUGGUCGCUGGGAACCGUGGGCCUGACCGCGGCCAGGGAGCGUGGAGGCAUCAAUAGGAAGUUUCAAAAUCGUCUAACUGUGACGAGGAGUAUGAUCGAUAGAUUAGGUUUAGAAAAAGAGUUGCAUGGACAUAUGGGCUGUGUUAAUUGCUUAGAAUGGAAUCGCAACGGAUCCAUUUUAGCAUCAGCAUCUGACGAUCUCCAUGUCAUACUGUGGGACCCCUAUAAACACAGACAACUUUAUAACAUGACUACAGGCCAUACUGGAAACAUAUUCUCGGUUAAGUUCCUGUCAGACGACCUGGUGGCGACGUGCGCGGCGGACGGGUCGGUGCGUGCGAGCGCCGUGACGGGCGGCGCGUCCUUGCUGGAGUGCUCGUGCCACUGCGGCCGCGUCAAGCGGCUCGCCGUCGCGCCCGACAAGCCGCAUCUGGUGUGGUCGGCGGGCGAAGACGGACUCGUUCUGCAGCACGACCUGCGCGCACCGCACCACUGCAACUCGGACUCGUCCAACGUGCUGGUGAACCUGCUCAACCACAUGGGGCGCUACGCGGAGGCUAAGUGUCUGGCCGUCAACCCUCGCCGCCCCUACCAGCUGGCCGUCGGCGCCAACGACUUCUACGUGCGACUGUACGACACCAGGAUGAUCAAACUGGCUAAGCUACAGGAAGAGAUGCAGCUGACGACGCCCACGUCGCGGCUGCUGUGGGAGCGCCAGAACCUGCGCUGCUCGCGCGCCGGCCACGGCGACCGCGACAACAACAUCCCGCGCGCGGCCGUGCAGUACUACGCGCCCGGUCACUUGUCCAUGGAACCAAACGAGCACACCUUCCCAAAGAAAGCAACCACUUACGUAGCGUUCAGCCACGACGGGAACGAGUUACUAGUCAAUUUGGGCUCUGAACAGGUGUAUUUGUUCGACAUAAACAACGCCAGGCGGCCGGUGCUAGUCGAGAGCUUCAUAAUCCAACACAACCACGGCUACCGCGAGGGGGAAACCAAACAUUCCCCCAAGAACGGCACCACAGCGGGCUGUUCCGGCUCAAACGGCACCGUCGACCAACAGCCGCCGCUGCCCGAUAGAGUGAGGCAUAUCAAGGACAUGGCCAACGAGCUGGUGAACAACAGCAACUACUCGUCGGCCGUGGAGCUGUACAACAGCGCCAUCGCGGAGUGCCCGCACGCCGCCAUCUUGUACUCCAACAGGGCCGCGGCGCUCAUGCGGCGAAGUUGGGCGGGCGAUACGUACGCAGCCAUUAAGGACUGUUACAAGGCAAUAAAACUGGACGCAGGCCACGUCAAGUCCCACUUCAGGCUGGCCAAGGGUCUGAUGGACCUGAAGAGGGCGCGCGAGGCGCACGAGUGCCUGCUGUACUUCAAGGACAAGUUCCCCAAACACGCGGAGAGUCACGCCGUGUUCCUACUGCAGAAGGACAUCAACGUGGCCUUGGAGACUAUGGAGACACAACCUGACGAAGUUGACGACGACGGGCAGUCGGGCAGCGCGCUGGAGCGGCAGGCGCGCGUCACGGCGCUGGACUACAGCCACCGCUUCCUGGGCCACUGCAACACCACCACCGACAUCAAGGAGGCCAGCUUCCUCGGGCCCGACGCCAACUACGUGGCCGCCGGUUCUGAUGACGGAAGCCUGUUCAUCUGGUGCCGGAAGUCUGGCAACAUCAUCAGGUGCCUGCGCGGCGACGAGUCCAUCGUCAACUGCGUGCAGCUGCACCCCACCAUGUUCCUGCUGGCCACUAGCGGCAUCGAGGCCGUCGUGCGUCUCUGGAGCCCCAGGCCCGAGGACGGCGGCAGCGAGUCCCGCGUGGUGCAGGAGGCGGGCGCGGCGGCGGCGGCCAACCAGCAGCGCAUGCGCAGCGACCCGUUCGAGGCGAUGCUGCUCAACAUCAGUUUCGCCGGCAGCGGCGACCGCGAGCUGCACUCGCCCGCCUGUCGAGCCACGUAAACUCUGGCUGCAGAUCUCUAUACGGAUUUCCAUUAAGUCAUUUGUAAAUAUAAUAAAUAUCCUAUCGAGCGAUAUCAUUACGGUUAUUAUUGGUUGUUUCGCCGUCUGUGUCGCGCGUGAUUUUCGUUCAACUUGUAUAUUAAUAUUUAUGGUUAAUUUUAAUCUGUAUUUGUAAAUACAAUAGUAUAUUAUCUUAAAAGAAUUACCUGGGAAUUUUCUUAAUUUUCUACGUUUGUGAAGUCUACGUAUUGGGCCAGCGUGGUGGACUAUUACUCUCAUUCUGAGAGGAGACUCGUGCUCAACAGUGAGCCGAAUAUGGGUCGUUAAGGAUGAUGAUGGUAUCUUAGAAGAAACUGACUCCUUGAACCAUUUUUUGGACUAUGUGGGCUCGGAUCACGAAUUGCUGAGUUCAGUCCUUGGUCGGGUUUUAAAACUGAACUUUUCUUUCUUUUUGAAAGACAGUUUUGAUUUGGAUAAGGUGACAGACAUUCGCGUACAUUGUAUGUGUUAAGUGUUAACUAAAAGAGUGUCAGCAAAAUAGAAACAUUUUUAAUUUUUUUUAAUUAUUUAGUUAUGGGAUGCGUGUGUCUUAAAAACCAGUUACCAAAAAGCCGUUGCUUAGCAACCAACCACUCACAGACGGAUUCAUUUAUAAACAUGUUUCUGCUUUGGUAACGCUCCUUGAGUUUUAUACAAACAUGUACCGUGCUGAAUACAAUCGAAGCACUAUUUAAAAUACAAUUAAAGCUAAAGUUUUCACCUUUACUUAUAACAACAUAAAGUUUUAAAAGUGCUUAUAAACUAAGUCACCAUUCGUACGGGCGCUUAUUUAACGGACGUUAAAAAAAGCGUUCAAAUAGAACAAAUGCAUUCCCAACAUUGACGACUUAUAACAAAAGGACACAUAAUCAACAAAUGUAGAAAAUUUCACUUGAAAACUGGUCAAUUUUGCUUUGACAGUUUUAGAAUUAUUUGUAAAAAAAAUACCUAUAGGCCUUUAAAUAUAGUCCAAUAUUCAAUAAAAUCCUAAAAUCAGAGCAAAUUCGACCAUAAGGAUUGAGUUUAAGGUUGAAUUUGUAAAUGCGACUACUUGACUUGAGUGCCAUGAAGUUGUGUUUGGCACUCAUUGAGUGGGGACGUUUUUUGGUCGCUGAUUGUGCAUCCACUUUUUAAUAGGAGAUCGAUGAUUCCCAAGUAUAUGUUCACACGACAGCGUUUUAAAAACGCGACGCUUUUUUUCUGAGCUGUGUUGCACUUGCAAUUUUGUGCGUUGAAAUUAGACCUUCAAUAAACUUCAUACUAUAGUUGAACGCUUUUUUAACGCCCGUUAAAAAAACGCUCGUGCGAAUAUAUAUGAAUGCUUAAAAUAAAUGAAUUUUGAAUUUGAUUGGUGGAACCUACGUUGUAAGUAUAUUUACUUAUACUUUGCAAUAUUUACGAAUACAGGUAGAAUAUUUUGAAAUAUGGUGCCAAGUUGAUUAUUUCUUUUUACGUGUCUUCCCUCCAUAUCUCAUUAAUAUAUUAUUGAGACAUAUAUUUAUUAUUAUUUACGAAAAUAUGAAUAUAGUCCCGAAGAUGUUUCACUUGUUAUUUGUGUUUCUUUAGUACUGAAUUGUAUGUUAUAGGGAUACUAUAAAACUGAGUCCUCGAUUGUGCGGGGACUGAGAGAGGACCGGAAAGUUAAUUAAUUAAGGCUACUUCUAAAGCCAAGUACUUUAAAUAAUGAUAAUAAUUAAUUUACCUAUACAGGGUGCUCGGGAGUAUUUCCCAUAUUUCUGGGGUUAUAUUCUUUAGCGAAUUUUAGUUUUUUUUUUUAAGAAUAUUUUUCAUAUUUUAUUAUAAUAUGACCAAUAUUUCCAUUCCCCUCCAACUAGUCGGGAAAGACUGUGCCAGGAGUGGGUACGACAAUAGACCAACGGGGUGAGGAUUGAACCACCACCCCUCGGCGAUGAAUCCAACCGCUCUUACCGUUGAGCGUUAAUUAGAAAUGUUCAAAAAUUAAUAUUUUCUUCUAUUCUAAAAUUAAUAUUUUCGGGGUAAAUAAUAUUUCUUUUGUAAAUAGAUCUUAAAAUGUAUCCCUUAGACGCAUCCUUAUAAUUAUGACGUAUCCAAGUUUGACGUAUUGUAAAAUGCAAGUAUUGAUAAAGGAGUGUGUUACAUGGAUAGUCGGAAUUAUUUGAAUUACUUUGUAUGAAAACAUAAAGUUUUUAUUUUUUGGUUUGAACACCUUGAAAUUAUGGGAAAUACUCUCGAGCACCCUGUAUAUUUUUUUCUAUUUUGUCUAUGUUUUGUUUGGUCUAAAUGGUUAAUGGGCAUUCUCUAUAUUUGCGAGUUUUUCUAUAAUACAUUAUUAAGUUGUUUAACUUAUUCAAUAAUUAAACAGGUAAUAGUCCUUGGACACAGGAACAAGAGUAAUGACCACUGUACUACUUUGUGCAUACAGUACAAACUUUGUGGAUAUGACAUAAACGCAUAGCGAGUCUAUGUAUCUAUGAAUAUGGGGCCUAUGGGGCCCUUUCCUUCCAAGCCCCUUGGGCACAUCCUAUGAGUAUAACAAUAUACCCCCUGAAAAUUGACUGACAAUGCUACAAGUUGAUUUUAAAUAUCAUAAUUUACAUUUUCUGCAAAAAAAUACUAUUAGAUUUUUAAUAAAAAAAAUUACAAUUUGAAUGACGAUUUUUUUUAUAACUUUAGCAAGCCUAACAUUCAUGCGUGUUAUCGCUUGCACCUCUCGCUUCCUUCUGACGUCUCUGUAUCGCGCAGUCGAGGACUCUGUUAUUAAGUUUGUCUAUAAAAGUUAUGGGUCGAUUUAUAUUGCUCAUGCUCAUUUAGAUAAACUUGAGAUAAAGGUAGUUUGAUACUGUACUAAUAGCUAUUUAGGGUCAUGUAAAGGUGGAUUCAUGCUAUACCAUGUCUGGGCAACAUGAAAGAUCUUUACACAUACAAAUAAGUACACCUUCAUUACAAUAUAUGUGGCGGGAUCUUUUCUGUUUAAAUUUAACGAAAACAUUGUAAAUCGAUUAUAAUCUCUUUUCAUCAAUAGAAUGAAUAUACUUUUUUGUUGUCUAACAGCCCACGUUAGGUUUAUAUAAGCCAGACAUAGUACAGCAUGAUUCCUAGUUUUAAAAUCUAUUCAGACGUCAGGGGUGAAACCCACUAUGUACUUUGUUGAUGAAUAUAUAUUUUUUAAUUUUCCGGGCGAUUUCAGUCAUUCAUUAUGCAAACUCUAAAACUGUUUGGGAAAAAAGCAGUAGAAAGUUGGAUCAACAAUUUGUUACUGCAUAAUGCUUACCAGUGUGAAAAACUUAACGUCACAGCACAUCCCUGACAAAUUUCACAUGGACACCCUGACUGUGAUAUGUCUGAAUAGACUCUAAGCUGUUUUUAACAUUUUUAUUUUAAUGUGUUUUUUUAUUACUUAAGACAAUAGGGUGUUUAAAUAAACGAAGUGUUUAUAAACAAACUUCAUAUGAGUAUAGUCUGGCAAGUUCGUUGAUGACACUCGCAUGAUAUGCGGGUGACGGGGGCAAAGACAGCGUGGGUGUGAAAUCGUGCGUGCGGGGAAAUGACGUGUAUCAGUCGUGGGCUCAUUCAUGGCUACACGCCCCCCGGCCCGCGCGGUCCAUCGGGAGUGUUACGAACGAAGUUGCCAAGCUAUAGCUGUCCUUGUCUGCGCGGUACCUACAGCGGAUAUGACGACAGAGAGGAGCGACAGAGGAGCGGGCGGCAGACGCACGAUUAAGGCUUUAAACUCACUAAACCGUCUAAUCUACCUGUCUGGGGAGUAAUGGGAUAUUUGCAAAAAAAUCCUACUGGGUCGCCAGUUCCGUGUUACAGUAGCAUAGUAGGAGAGGUACAAGACAAGUUCUCAACUUGACUCAAAUCAUCAUCGGCUAUUAGGCAUCCACUGCUGGACAUAGGCCUUUAAGUUGCGCCAGACCGCUCUACCGUUCCGUACUGACCGUUCCGGAUCACACAAAAAGACAAACAUAGAACCCUCAUAGCUCUCUUCAUAGCACGCUGAACGACUUGAAGUUUGUGGACUCCACAAAUUCUAAGUUGACUCAAAUACUUACCCAAAAAUGUCUACCAGCUCUCGGACUCGAAGUGACGUAAGGACGCAUCGUAUCAUACGGAUUUUUAAUUAAUUUUACGGUAGACAAAAUCCGUUCGAUGCGAUCCGUACGAUGCGGAUCCAUGGACGUACUUGUAUGAAUUUCAAUACAAAGAAUACUGAAAUCCGUUUUAUGCGGUGCGUCCGAUACGUAUGAUGUGGAUCAGUGUCGGAAGCGAUAGAUGAGUUUUGCCAAUAAUUUACUCAUUGAUGAUGUCGCCGGUGGCUCCCCCUCCUCUCUGACGUCAUAGAACAUACCCCGCGUCCCUGUACGGUGCUCCUUGCCGGACGAGGACUGAUGAGUUAAGCAGUUUGGCUAUAAUAUAAAUAUAUAAUAUAUUUUAGUUGUUAUGCAAUAGUACUGGCAGUCUUAAUAUUCUUAUUGUCAGAUGUUUGUUUUUGUUUAGUUUCUUUUAAAUGUUUUAUAAAUGUAAAUAUUAUUAUAUGGUAAUUAGUAUAUUAAUGCCGGCGUAUAUUUGACGAGGUUUUGUUACUGCUACUAUCAAAUCAUUAUUAACAUUGCUUGCGUUGAAAUAAAGUCGAAAAUUAAUUAUCAACUAUGCUCAUGUCUCUUCAGGCGAAAUUAGUUGUAAUAAUAUUUGUUUAAUAUUUCAACUUCUGUAGGCUUACAAUAUGUGCCACGACUUAUCUUGAAGUGAAAUAGAAAUAGUCGAUCAAUAGCGGCUAAACCUUAAAUAUCGCUCUCUCUUUCGUCCCAUCGCAAAAGAAGAAAACGAUAUUUUCAGUUUAGCGCUAUUGGUCGACAAUAUGUCAUUUAGUCGUCACGGAUGUUAUUAAAAGUUUACUGCGCUUUGUCAAAUAUGCACCGGCUCUUAGGGUCAACACUGCGUGGAGGAGUGACUCGGUCUAAGUUGACCCUAAAAGUACAUUAAUGGAACAUUUUUGUAAUAUUAAUAGACAAAUAAUAAUUAUUAUAUUAAAAAAAGUAACGUUUUCCCGUUGAUAAUUCUUGCAGCAAUAUAUUUAAAAGGAGAUUGUUUAAUGCAGUCUUCCAAAUUGCCUGUGUGGAAUUUUGUGUUUUUUCGUCUUGAGUUGAGUUGAGACAGGCUGUGUUAUGUUUUGCUAUAGUUUAUUUAUCCUUUUCUUGUUUGCCAAAGCUCGUAGUACAGUAUUGGUUACCAAUGCUUGCCGAGACCGUCAGACAAGCUUAAGAUGCGCAUCAAGACACUCGUAUUUCGAGAAGAGGGAAAAACCGACCAAUAGCGGCCAAUUUAAAAUAUCGCUCUCUCUUUCAUCCCAUCGAAGUGAGCUUUAGUAGUGGACAGUUGUCUUUAUAUCGUCUCGACAUAAUCGACGUGAUGCGCAUCUAGGCCUGCAGGCUAAUUCACUAACUUUGACGUUUACGACAUUGAGAUUUUAUGUAACAAAUGUCAUCUGUAUAUCAUUAUGAUAUCCACGAAGGGUGAUAUUUUUUUUUUUUUUUUUAAAAAGAAUAUUUGUCAUAUCUUUUAUAAUAUGACCAAUAUUCCCAUUGCCCUCCAACUAGUCGGGAAAGACUGCUAGGAGUGGGUACGACAAUAGACCAACGGAGCGAGGAACGAACCACCACCCUUCGGUGAUGAGUCAGACCGCUCUUACCGUUGAGCUAUUGAGGCUAUAUAUAUAUAUUAAUCAUACAGUAGGUAGAUGACAUUUCUGAGUUGAUUUGUUGUUUAUUUUAAUAGGUUGUUAAUAAAUACCAAAUCAGCCACUGUUACAAAUGGUCAUUAACAAUGUUAGCUUUCAUUUCACACCAUAUCUACCCUUCACUAGGACGGAUGCAUGCAACCAUCUCCUUUUAAUUAUUUACAAUCCAAUAUUCGAAGUUUUUAAAGUCUCUGCACUCGCGGUACAUUGGUAAAAACGUUCGCUGUAUGUUUUUUUUUAUCGACUGUGUACAAAUUAGCAAAACCACAAACACAGGAGUGUAGUUAAGCUACUUUAUACUCGUCGAUGUAAUAUUCGCUUAUAACGAGUUUUAGUAGAAUUUGAAUUUUAUUUCUAUGGGAUGGCAAAUAUAAAAAUGUCUUUAAGAACGCCAUGGAAAUGAGCGAUGUCACAUCGCUGUAACUUUACAGAAUGCCGGUUUGAGAAAAAAUUACGCGACUUAUACAGUAAAGCCAGCGCUAGUGUAAAGGGACUUUUAAAACCUGCAGUUAGUACAGUCAAAGUAGAAAUUUAUUUAUUCACCAAACAAAAACCAUAUUAAUGUUAACAGAAUUAAAUUAAAAUUAAAAUAAAACAAGUGAGAAAGUAAAAUAGGUAUUUUAAUAUAUUGUAUAGCGUAUAGUUGGCACGUUUAGAAUUAAAGUGACCUAAAACAAAAUUUACAGUUAUUCGAUCAUUGGCAGGUUUGAAAGAGAUCUAAGUAAACUUUUUAUCCUUUAGUCUUAUACAUUGUUUUAGGUCAUUUUAAGUGAGUGCAGAAUUGAGUCUGAGACCUUAAAUAAAUGGAUAUAAAAUAAAUACAAAAAAAAACUAAUCAUAACGAUAUGAUAAUAAAAAUCUUAGCUUGUAAACCAUUUAAACUGCUAUGAUAGUAAAACAUAUUACGUCAUUAUAUGUAGAUGUAUGCGUAUAUUUUAUAUUAUGAAAACGUACGGCCGAGCGCUUAAUUUGUACAGCAACGUGUGGUAUAGAUUAUAGUUAAAUGCAUUUUUUGGUCCUAAGUAUGGGCGUAAGAUUAUAAACAUGAUUUCGCUUGUCAAAGACGUCAUGAGAAAAACAAUAUGGCGGACUUGACGAAGAAAAUUAAAUAUGUAUAUUACAAAUUAAAUCGUAAUUAACAAACCAAAAACGGGUAACUGUUAUUCUGUCUGGUGGUACGAUUUAUGUAUAGAAAUUAUUACAUUUGGUUUCUCUUUUUUUUCAUUUACAUGAGUUGUGCCUUUUUUAUUGGAUGUUGUUACAUUCUGACAUUUAGUUUUUGUCUCUGUCAGUUUAUUUAUGUCAUUAAUACUUGGAUUGCUUCGUCACGUAUUUGCGUUUGCGUAUAGUUAUUCCUGUAAUUUAAAUUCUACAGUUCCUUAAAAUGACAUUGAGGAAUAUUGAAUAUAGUGUGUUGUGUAUGUGAUGAAGUAAAAAUAAGGAAUGUGCCUCAUACAGUACAUGUCAUGUCACAUUUUAGUAUAUAGUUAAUAAGAAAAAAUAUCAUGUAUUUUUUCUUAGAAGAAGAGAGAAAUAGAGUUUUCGGUGCCAAAAUGCUCUUUAACCGUGACAGCUUUAUUUACUACCGAAAUCGUUGUAAGUAAAAACCAUUAAUAUUUCCAUUAUAAGUAGUAAAAUAAUAACAGUGUUCGUUAUAUGUUUUUGGGUUGGAGUAAAAAAAAUCUAUUUCUUUUCGAUAGACGAUCGACAUCUUGUAAAGUAUUGAUUAAUAAAUUCAAAGAUUUUCAGCUCUUUGUCAAAGUGACAAUUAUUAUUUUGCUGUUUUCGUUUGGUUCAUUCAGUUAUGAGUUACAGAGUGCUAAAAAUGAUAGUCAACAAGCACGUAGAGCCGUAGAGUACUGCGCCUGAACUCUCACUGGUCAUGUCGGUCUGCUACCCAUGACUAUGAGAGUGAGGGAAUAGAGAGUGCACCUGUGCUUGCGCACACGCUUGUACACUAUAAUGUCUCCUGCGUACAUGAAAUUAGCCACUGUGGUCAAAAACCUUCGGUCGGGAACAUUGUCUCUUUCUCUAAAUGCUUUGGUUAAGCAAGGGUAAGCUCAAAGCUUCGAAUCCUCAAUAGCUCAACGGUAAUAGCGUUCGAACUCAUCAACGGAGGGGUGGUGGUUCGAUCCCCGCCCCGUGGGUCUAUUGUCGUACCCAUUCUUGGUACAGUCUUUCCAGAUUGUCAUAUUUAGAAAAUAUGGCAAAUAUUCUUUUUUAAUAAAAAAAAGUGCUCAACGAGUUGCAAAUCUGAAGUGGCAAUGGGCGGGGCAUAUAAUUCGAAGCGCCGAUGGAUUAGGGUCCAAAAGUGCGACCCCGCACUAGAAAGCGCAGUGUUCGACCAUGAUGAUGUGAUGAUGAGGAUGAUGAAUAAAAAAAAAUCCUCUGUUAAAUAUAAAAUCCUAUCAUAUAGAGGAAUGGCCUUUAGUGGAGUAUUGAAGAUAGACUGUUAUUGAUGACAAUGAUGUGUGUAUCUACCACUUUUAGUGAGAACAAUUAUAAAUAAUAUUGUUUUUGUGAUAUAUGACCUUGUGCGCUCGGCUGUACUGUACGUUAGGAUAGGUAAAGCCGGAUUUACAUUUGUCUGACGUGUCGUGUUGUGUUGAUUAGAACAGAAUCGGUUUCAUACACUUUGUAUGCGGCAUAUCAGUGUGCCUAGUGGGAGUUUUCAAUGUUUUCCAUACUGUUACUACCGCGUUAACGUAAACGCGUAUUUAUAUGGACUUGAAACAGAUGUGCAGUAGUGCCACUAGAUGGCGCUGUUUCAAUUCCUUAGAAAUUACUAGGCCCUCAGAAGCUACCAGGACAUGUCAUAUUUAAAACGUUGGCAUAUAAAAUGUAUGAUACCGAUUCUGUUCUGAUGCGUCACGACACGACACGUCAGACAAAUGUAAAUCCGGCUUAAGGGUGCAUUCACAUCUGCCGUAAAGUCAGCCGCUGACUGUGAGCCGGUAUUCGCUUUUUAGUUUUCUACACGUAUUGAAGUUGUCAUUCAUAUCAAGACAAUGAAGGCAAAAAUCAGCUACAAUUUCUGAUUUCGUUGAGGUUUUGACGGCCUCCUUGACGCAGUGGUCGGUGGAUUUACACGGAGGUCCUUGGCUCGAUCCCCAGCUGGGCCGAUUGAGGUUUUCUUAAUUGGUCCAGUUCUGGUUGGUGGGAGGCUUCCGCCGUGGCUAGUUACCGGCAAAGACGUAUCUCCAAGCGAUUUAGCGUUCUGGAACGAUGCCGUGUAGAAACCGAAAGGGGUGUGAAUUUUCAAUCCUACUAACAAGUUAGCCCGCUUCAGUCCUAGAUUGCAUCAUCACUUACCUUCAGGUGAGAUUGUAGUCAAGGGCGAAAUUGCGCACAACGCUGCGCCACGGAGAGUCCAGCCCCCCAACGGUCCUAAUAUAAAACUUACGAGUUUUUUUUAUAUAUCUUCGGCAUAACAUGGCGUUGUCCUCGGAAGCUACUCGCCACUCUCUCUGUUUUGUGGCAACCCUUUGAAAAACACUUGACGAUAAGCUUUAAGCUCAGAUCAAUUACCUUCUAUAGGACCUGCCUCGCUAGAGGCCCUCUGUCAAAAACUAUACGAGCAUGAUCUAACGAGU